GUUGUUUGUUCAUUGACGUAAGAGGUGGUCAGAUUAUGCCACACAAGCUACCUUUUCGUGUCGUCUAUGUGUCAAGCCAAGACGAACACUUCCCUGCCACAGAACUAAAUCGUCACCAUCCAGGAACUAAAGGAUGGGUUUCUACUCGCUUUUGUUCUUACCCUCAACAGCUUAUUUUAUCUUUGGAAGCCAAAGCUAGUUUUCGCAAAAUACAGUUGCUUUGCCAUCAAUAUUUAAUUGCAUCAAGGAUUGAGUUUUUCGUCGGAGAUACGCCGGACGAUGAGAUGGAACAUUUUAAAAACGCCAGGUAUACCAGACUUGGAUAUGUAGCGCUAUCAGACAAUCAAGCAACAGAGUACAAAGCGAGGGAAUUAAAGUCAGUCCAUAUUGACGCCUCUGGCUCAUAUAUUCAACUGUUUCUCUAUAAAAACCAUCCGAAUAACUUAAACUUAUACAGUCAGGUUGGGAUUGUCGCUAUAAAUCUGAUCGGCGAUUUUAUCGAUAAGAAUGGACAGUCUGAUUCUGAUGAUUCCCCAGUAGGUCUUUUCAGGCCAGAUUACAUACCUCCCACUGAAGACUUAGCGUUUGACAUGUAUCAAGAUCCCGAAGUUGCUAACAUAAUAAGGAGGUUAGAAAAACAAAAACGUCAAGCUGUUAAGGAUGAACGCUUUGACCAAGCUCAAGGUAUACGAGAUGCUAUAACUCAACUACAUCAGGUCGGUGAACGUCUCGGUAGAUUAGCACUUGAAAAACAACAAGCUGUUGAAGAAGAAAACUAUGAACAAGCUAAGUUAAAAAAGAAUCAAAUAACUGAAAUGCGUACUAACUUAUAUCGAGAUAUUGAUUUAAUGAAAUUGUUAUCUAGUAAUACUUCAACAGAACAACGUGAACAACUUUAUGGUCGAUCGGAUAACCAGUUUCCUGAUACGAAUAAUGACCGGAACAAAAUAAAUCCAAUACAACCAAUACAUUUUCAAAGUUUAUUAAUAAGUGAUGAUCUAAACGAAAAUAGGCGUAGUAAUGGGUCAUAUAAUGUUAAUAACAAUAGUAGCAAUAAUAAUAAUCAAGAUGUUGAUUACUUUCCAUUUCGUCGUGCUUAUCCUUCAAAUGAUCCUGAUGAACGUCCUUUACCAGCUCUUAAAAAUAAGCAUAGAAAUAAUAGUCCAAUAGUCGAUCCAGCUGACGAAGAGCAUUAUACAUCGGAAUUGCCCGUCCCAGUGCUUCAUGAACAAUCUUUUGAGAAUUACAACCAUUCUGAACAUAUACCACCACUUGAUUCAAUUGAAGCUAUUCAAAGAGACAUUGAUACUUAUGAAGAUGAACAAACGAUGAAAUACUUAGAACAAGCAGCUCAUGAUCGCAUGGUCGAUGGUAGAGAAAAUUUUCAGCAUAGUAUACUUGAUCUUCCUGAGCCAAUGAGCGAAACCAAUCGACGUCAGGCUGGUGUAGCUAUUGAUGUUGUAGGCAUUAACCUUGUUACCAAAGCAUAUAGCAAAUCAUGGGUUUUUCGUGAAAAAGCUCUACUUGAAUUAGAACAGCGUGUAACUGCACCGAAACUUCCUCCUCCUGUAUCACUUCCUGAUACAGCACUUCCUGAUCCAAAAGCUGAAAUUCGAUCGACUACAUUUCUUUUACGUCGUGCAUUAAAUGAUCAAGUUUUGUCAAUAUUUCGUUUAGCCACAAAAUUCGUCAAACCAACGAUUGUUAAUUUUGCCGAUAGAUAUGGUAUUCCACGACCUGAUUUAUAUUAUUGCAUGGAUAAAUUAACACCAGUAAUUUUUCAACGAACUGGUGAUACUUCAUCACGUGUUAGAGAGAUAGCUAAACAGCAAAUUCUAGAUAUGGCACAAUGGCCACAGAUGAAGCAAAAUACAACAUUUUGGAAUGAAUUAGUUCGACCCUUUUCUCCUGUAACAUUAGAUCGUUUAGCUUUAAGUCGAAUUGAACUAGCGACAGAAUUAUACGCCAAUCGUGGUGUAGAUCCUGUUUUUUGUAAUGAACACGGACAUGUCAAUCAGGGAAGUUUUACUUUAGAGGCAUUAACUAUAUUCACUGCGAAAUGCUUAGACCAUCGAUCAAACGAAGUUCGUGAAGCUGCUGAAAAUCUUAUAGUUGCUCUUUAUCGUUCUGAAGAUCGAGCUACUGUUCGUAGACUUAUACCUUUAGAUGAUGUAAAUUCCAAUCGACAUCCUUUAUAUAGAAGACUACUUGGAAAAUUUGAUCGGAUCGACGGAAGAUAUGAUCCACCAUUGAACGAUCGACCACCUGCAAUUAAAGCUUCAGUCAAACAAAAAGAAGUUGAAGCACUUCAGGCAGACGUUCAACAACUCCGUGCUAUAGUCGAACAUGGGAAUCGUGGUCAUUUGACUACCCACAAGCCUAAUUCACGUGUAUCACGUACUGUACCUUCGCAAAAUUAUGAUAGAAAAUCUGCCUCAAGAUUAAAGAAUAAUGAUCGUAAAUCUGCAAAUAACUCACAACAUGGGCCUCCAUCUGUAUCACCGAAUCGUCAGAAUCAUACAUCUAAUCAACAUGGUUCACGAAUUACAAAAAGUGACAAUCCAAACAGAAAUUCUUCAACUGCUAACAUUCAAUUGGAAAUAAAUUCACAACAACAUACUGAAGAAGCAGAAUUUUUACUUAGUUUAGAUAAGACAUGUAUAUUUUGUGGUGAACAAAAUGAUUCGUUUACAGAGGAAGGAUUAGAUAUACAUUAUUGGAAAAGUUGUCCAAUGCUUCAUCGUUGUCCUAAUUGUAAACAGGCAUGUUGUUACACUUGUUUUUGUUUUAUAUAUUGCAUGUUUAUAGAAGUAUUUUACUUAGGUGAUCUGAGUAUUGGUACACUAAUUCAUUAACCAAAAUAGCUUUUUUGAUAUAAUUAUAAUUUUAACUUUAGACCAAGUAAUUAGAUGGUGUAGCGAUAAAAUCCUCUCUUGAACUACUUAUGUUUAUUUACUUUAUGGGAUCUUCAGGAGGUAUUAGUUUACUUCUGAUAAACGACGAAUUUCAUGUUAAACAGCCUCUAAGGAAUGUGAUGAAUGCUGUUCUUCGUGUUCUCUCUUUCGAAAUGAGCUCAUGAAAACUGUAUACCCUGUCUGAGCAAAAUUUAAUGAAAUGAUAUAUCGAGUUCGAUUGCAUAAUAUUUCACCACUUCAGGUCAGUUGAUAUCUUUGGGAUAAUUAUUCAAAACUUCGAUGUAAAAUCCGGUAUACGAAAUUGAAGCCAUUAUUAUUCAUUACAUAGAAAUAUGUUCAAAAUCUAUCUUGUCACUAGUUUUUAACGUUUUCUUUUAAAAAAUCUGUUUGCCAUCAAAUGAUUUCACAUCGCCUUAUACUGAAUGUGCUCAUUUUUAUUGUUUGGUGAUGUUUGAUUUGUAGCCGAUGAGCAUUUGGAAAUAUUUUCAUUUCUGCUGUUGAGAAUGGACCUGGGAGAUAUGGGAUCACAUCCACCAGGGAGCAUAAGUACCCUCAAAAUUCCGGAUACAACUUACCUACAAGUGCCCAGAAGCACAAAAACUAGAUUCAUGAUUUCCUAUCGAUUACCUCAAACCGCCUUAUAUUUCAACAUAUCUCUCGCAAUGUCGAGUCACUUAAACUAGUAGCCAUAUUGCAAAUUGGUUUAUAGAAUCCGAUUGCUACUAAAAAAACAGGACAAAUAUAGUGCUAGUCACUACUCGGUGAUCAGUCAGUCUCAGUUUUUUGUAAAUUCUUAUUUCAAGAAACCAAUAAGCAAUCACCUCGUCAGAUCAGAUCAACUUCAUGAUUGUGGAUAAGCAAAGUGCUUACUUCCACUUGAAGUAACCAGUGAUGGUGCUGUUCUGAACAAUUAAAGCCUCACAAUUAAACCAUCCAGCUAGAGAACCAAACAUUACCAAUCACCAAUUAGUUAAAAUAUAUCAAAAUGACGUUUAUUCACACAAAUUUGAAUCACCUUGUUAUAAUAUCUUAUUGAACCGAUGUAACUAUUAGAAUAGACAGGAUGAUCGGAGUGAUAAUCUCCCAAAUGAAUGAAACUUCUCUUGUCAGAAGACAAAAACACCGUUUACCUGAUAGCUUAUAGAUUAAGAAUUAGAUUUUUUCUACGAAUCUCUCUCCGUUUUCAUUCCUUUCUCUCAGUCCAUGUCGUCCCAUGGUAUUUUCAUACCAGGUUUUGUUCAUCCUGACCUCGGAGUUUAGGCUUUUCAUCAGGUCAGUCAGGUCGUUUCCUGAGCACGUCACUAUGGUCCAUUACAGCUUCUCGUAAAACCAAUCUUUAUUGUCGUCAUCGCUAUGAUUGGUAGGUGCAUAACACUGGAUAACAUUCAUUAUGAUUCCCUCCUUCAUUGUUUUGAAGAAUGCUUGGAUGAUCCUGGAUUCAUGAGAUUUCUUUGGGCGACGUCAGAGCAACUCCCUGUAUGUGUGGAGCAUUUUCUUCGUUGUAACCAGAGUACAACACCAUAUCUCUUUUGAAUCUAUCCUUUUCUGUCCAGCUUGGGUCUAAUGUGUUCCACUUAUUCUGAGCACCUCCAAGUUGUAUCUCCUUAUUUCCGUACCUAUAUGAUUGGCCCUUCCGGUUUCUCACAUUGUUCGAACAUUCCAUGUACCUAUGUUAAUUGUUGUUGUCGUCGUUAGAAGGGGCAUAGGCCUCAUGACUUCCGAAGAAUCUCGGUUUCUACCAUGAAGUGUCAUAAUUCUUCUGAAUGGAGAUUCUUCAACUCUGAGGGCACAGUUUAAAUGGUUUAAAUUGUUUAUUCUGGUUAGCUUCUUUUUAGCCAGGUUGUUUUCUGCGAUAUCGGGUUGCUAUGCUCAACCCUCUUCUUUUUACCCUAACUUGGGACUUGGAGUAGCCCUAGAAGAGAUACAGGCGGAGCUAUUAUGAAAUUAAAACUGAUAAAUGUAUACAGAAAACACUUAAGCAUAAUGGUAUCAUUUCUCAGAUAAUGGGUGUUAAAAUGCAAUCACUGUAUCCCAUAUAAGUUAGACAAGUUAUUGAUUUACUGACAAAAUUUUAGAAGUGAUGAAUUACUAGUUUUUCAUUGAUAACAUAAAUAUCAGUUGACUUAUGUAUUGUAUUUUCUACCGAUGUGAUAUACAAACCGUUCUAAGUUUGCUUAGGCGGUAGCAACAAUAAACCGCUACCUGAUGACCGAUGGGUUAUGUAAUUAGACUAUUUGGUAUAGCAAUACGAAUUAUUUAUGUUGUCACUAAACUUAUUAUUUAGAUCAUCUUAUGCUAUUAAUAUUUUAAUGUUGUCUAAAUAUAUUAUACGUACAAACCAAAAUAGGUCCUCAGGUUUGGGAAUAAGAAUAUUUCAAUUUAAAUUACUGAUUAAAUAUAUUUACCUAGUUAGCUGAUCAUGUGUACCAGUAAUAUCAACACGUUCAACUUGUUACAUAUUUAUAGGUAGUUGAAAUAGCUGGUUUAACGGAUCAUUUACUUAAAGAAUGUGAAGCUUGUACACCAGGACAGUAUGUUCGUUGUUCUAAAUGUUCAGAAGCUGUAUUAAAAACACAUUUAAGCAAUCAUCAUUGUUUGCCUAUCAAAUUAUCAUCUGGACUACGCUGUCCACUUUGUCAUCAUGAUUUACCAAAUUUACCAGAUUCAGUUGCUCCUGGUGGUCCAGAAGAUGUUUGGAAAGCUCAUUUAUUAGGUUCAUCCAAUAGUACUAUUCAAAUGCCUCAAUGUACAGAGAAUCCAAGAAGUUUACAAAGUCAACAACAGAAAUAUAAUGGCCAUUCCACAAAAAAUACCAGUACCUCAGAAGCUAAUAAAACGAAAAGUGGAAUACCUCGACCGUUAAAUGUAAACAAAGUUCGUCCGGUUUAACUAACUUGUACUUUAUUUGCUAUAGUUUUUUGUUUUGUUUAUUUUCCCCCCCAAAAAAUCAUUUUCUUUCUACCAGUUACAAUUUUAUUGUUCCAGUCUAUUUCUAAAUAGAAUUUUUUCAAUCAUGUACUAUUCUUUCCAUCUAUGUAUUCUUGGCUCACAAGUGGAUUUCUUAUUCAUGAAUAGUGGUAGUCGUGUAAAUGUGGUUUACUUUAAUUUACUUUCAAUAUAUGAAAAAGGACAUUAAUGUAUAUGAAGAAUAGAAGAUGAAGAAUUAACUCCAUUUAGUUUUUGGAGAAUACAAGCAAUUUAUUAUAAAGUCUGUAAAUCGGUCAAUCUUAUUUUCUCAUUUGAAUCAGUAAUUCAUUUUCAUUAAAUGAAGUUUUGUGUAUGUUGGUUCAAAGCUUCAUUCUUUCAUCAUUUCAUGCUUGUAUACAGUGUUGUUAUAAUUUUAUAAAUAAUAUACUUUUGUUU